ACUUUUUAUUUUUCAUCAUUAGAAAUCACGAUCAUGUUGUUUUUUUAUAACGUCUUCAAAACGUCUUAAAAAAUUUUUCCACUACAGCUGUAUAUUGUCCUUGGGAAAAUUUCUUCUGUAGAGAAUUUUUGUUUUGUAUUCUAUUUACUCUGUUUCCCUUGUGAACUAGCGCCACCUACAUUUUUCUUUAUAGUUAUAUUGUUUUUAUUUGUUUACAUUUUCUACAGCAUUUCUAGUGUUUCCACAAGUUAUGAUCUUGUAUAUGUGAUAAAACGAUUAAAUAUUUACAAAUUUUGCGGUCACUACAUAAAUUUAUAUAUUUAUCGAAAAUAUGGAUAAGGAAAUUCAUUUGAUCGGAAAACCCAUGCAAAAAAUUUCAGAACGUAAGUUGCCAACAGUGAAAGAGGUUAUGAGUGUUUUUUUUUAUCAGCUCAAAGUGUCAAAAUGUUCUAUCAAACAAAGUGCUAAAAAUGCAACUGAUCAAGUUAUUGAACUAUGGAAAAACAACCAGAUUCCGACUAGUGGAUCAACUAAUGUAAUACAAAAAAUUCUUCGCUAUCAUAACCGAUGGUUGAAAUUGCAAAAAUCUUUUGUGCGAAAAAAAUCAUCAGCCCAAAACAAAAAUGUAAUAAUAUUUCAGAAUGAAAUCAAAGCAUUAUUUGAUAUUGUAGAUCAUAAAUCAAUAAAACUGCUUGAUAAUGAUAUUCGUGAACUAUAUUUAAAUCAAAAAAGUGAUACCCGGAAAGAAAUUCUUUCAAAUAACCCAAAUAAAUUAAACAGUACUAUGAAUACGAUGGAAGUAGAUGAAAGUCAUUUGAAUCAACCCUCAACCAGCCAUGAGAUUGUUCGAAGUGAGGAAUCAGAGUCAUCUUCAACCCUUACAUUAAGUCAAGCUACAAAUUUCGGUUCAGAUUUAGAGUAUGUGCCUCAAAUACCGACAACACGAGCAAAAAUAAAUAUUCUAACUCCAGAGCUUAUCUCAGCACUCGUCAGAGCUAAUGUUAGUAGUAGAAAUGCGAUGUUCAUUAUUGCUCCAGUUCUAUCAAGUGUUGGUGUUAAUGUAGAAGAUACAACUCUUAGUUAA